GCUUUAAAUACUUUUUUACUUUUUAAUAUAUCUUUGAAGUUUCAAAUUAAUUUAGACUUUAUCAGCAAGAAAACAGAUAAUCCUCUGCCUGUCAGCAAUGGAUAAAUCGAAAUAUAAACAAGCUUUGUUGGAUGCUUGUGAGGAUGGCGACGUUUCCGUGAUAGAAGAGUUGAUGGAGCUCAAUGUAGAUGUGAAUGAAUGCAUGGAAGAUGGCACAUCGCCGUUGUGUUUAGCCUCACAAGAAGGAUAUACAUCAAUAGUGCGUACUCUUCUCAAACAUGGCGCGAACAUAGACCUGACAGAUAACGGAGGGGUAUCUGCAAUAUUAUUAGCAUGUCAAAGUGGAUACACCGAGACAGUUGCCGAGUUAUUGAAACAUAAUCCGGACGUGAAUAAAUGUAAUUCUCAACUCAUUACCCCACUAUACAUGGCUUGCCAAACAGGACGUACAGAAAUCGUCGAAAUAUUACUAGAAAAUAAUGCCGAUGUAAAUAAGUAUAGGGAUAGCGGUGCUUCACCAUUAUAUAUAGCAUGCCAACAUGGUUAUGUAGAAAUAGUAAGACAUUUACUGGCUCACAAAGCAGACCCUAAUGUAUGCACUAAUGCAAAUGAAUCUCCCCUCAGUGUUGCAAGCCAAAAAGGAAAUAAAGAAAUAGUUGAUAUUUUACUUGAUUGUAGUGCCGAUGCCAACAUUUGCUGGAAAAGCGGCGCCACACCCCUCUAUCUGUCAUCACAAAAUGGUCACUUAUCGAUCGUUCAAAGGCUUCUGAUCGCUGGAGCAAACAUAAAUAGCACAAAGCUGGAUGGUAGCACAUCCUUACAUAUUGCUUGUCAAGGUCAUCAUACGGAUAUUGUUCGCUGUUUAAUAGAAAAAGGGGCUGACUUGAAUAAAUGCAAUAACCAGGAAAUUUCACCAUUGUUCAUUGCGAGCCAUUUUGGGUUUGAGGAUAUAGUUCAGUUACUUCUAGAAAACACAGUAAACGUUAACAAGUGCAACAGUGGAAGUGAAUCACCAUUGUGGACUGCCUCGCGUAGUGGCUUUCUAGGAGUUGUUAAACAUUUGCUCGAUAAAAAUGCAUCAUUUGAGAUAUGUAAUGAAAAGGAAGAAAGUCCCUUGUACACAGCUUGCAAGUUUGGUCGUGCUGACAUUGUCGGUUUAUUGCUAGAUUACAAAGCUGACAUACAGAAAGCCAAUGCUAGAGGAGAAACGCCAUUGUAUAUUGCCUGUGCAAAGGGAUAUAUCGAUAUUGUAAAUGUGCUUCUAACUCAAGGUGCAGAUGUAAAUAGUUGUUCACCACUCCAUGCUGCUUGUCACGCCGGUCAUACAGCUGUUGCUAAGUUGCUUAUUGAGAAUAAUGCUAAUGUCAAUGUUCGUGACGAGACUGACACAUCGCCAUUGUGGGACGCUGCUUCGAAGAAUCUGUAUGAGAUUGUCUCUUUACUACUAGACAAUGGUGCUAAUCAUGAUAUAAACACCUUUAGAGAUGACGACGGUAAAACCCCGCUGCAUAUUAGCUGUGAGGAAGGCUUUGCCGAUAUUGUCCGUUUACUACUUAACAAAGGUGCUGAUGUAAACCAGUGGGACGAUGAGAGAUCUCCCAUUGAUAUUGCAUGCCAAAAUGGUCACAGAGAUGUUGUUAAAGCGUUACUCGAGAAAAACCCUGUCAUUGAGGAUAGAGAAUCUUUGUUCCAUAUAAUAUUGUUAAAUGGACACCAAGAUGUUUUGGCUGAUCUUUUUACACAAACAGACAAACAUUUGUAG